AUGUCAUUUUUUAGAUUGUGCAUAAUUGUUAUAGUUCUAUGUCUAACAGCUCUGUACUGGAUGUUUUGGAAGUCCUCGAGACUCGUGCGCAAGAUCCCUGGGCCUCGGUCCUGGCCUUUCAUCGGUAACACUUGGUCGAUCAUCAAAACGACAGAGAACCUAUUCCCGUACCUGAGGACUUUAUACAAGGAUUUUGGAAAUAUUUCUCAGAUGCACGGCCUGACGUACAAGGCUGUACAUAUAUUUAAUCCGGAUGACAUUGAGAAAAUAUUGUCGUCCAGUCGAUUUAAUUAUAAACAGCAGCCAUACACAUUUUUCCAACCGUGGCUGGGAGAUGGACUCCUCAUAAGCAACGGAGCAAAAUGGCAACAGAGAAGAAAAUUACUAACAGGCGCUUUUCACUUCAACAUUCUCAAGAAAUACACACGAACGUUCAUCGACCGAGCGCAGAAUUUCCUCCAGGAGGUAGAGAAGGAGACGUGGAAGCAGAAAACAGAUGUCGUGCCUCUAGUUUGCAAGACGACGCUACAAAUAAUGUGUGAAACUGCAAUGGGCACAUCAAUGAAUGAAGGUAUAAAGAAUGUAACCAAUAAAUACUUAGAAGCUAUCCACGCCGUCGGGCAGUGCAUCAUGAGGCGCAUAUGCCGCGUCUGGCUCUACCCCGACGCAGUCUUCUUCUUCACCAAAACAUUUUGGCUGCAAGAGAAAGCAGUUAGAGACUUGCACCGAUUUACAGAAGAAAUCAUUGAGGAGCGAAGAAUAUAUAUAGAGGAUAAUAGUACUAUAGAUUGUGAUAUUAAUGAGAGCUCAAAGGGAAGACUCGCAAUGUUGGAUCUGCUCUUGGAGAAGGAGAAGCAAGGAGAAAUAGACCGUCGCGGUACAAGGGAGGAAGUCGAUACAUUUAUGUUCGAGGGACACGACACCACCGCAAUGGCUUUGUCGUUUAUGAUAAUGAGGAUUGCAAAUGAACCUGAAGUUCAACACAAAAUUUACGAAGAACUAUUUGACAUUUUUGGUAAUAGCGACCGACAACCGACAUCUGAAGAUUUGAAUGCAAUGAAAUAUCUCGAGUGUUGUAUAAAAGAGUCGUUACGGCUGUACCCCAGCGUACCUUUAAUUGUGCGAUACACCACUGAGGAAUCGGAAUUAGGCGGUUUCACGAUACCAGUUGACACUAUUUGUCACAUAUAUGUCUAUGAUCUUCACCGCCGCGCUGAUUUGUUUCCGGAGCCAGAGAAAUUUAUCCCCGAAAGAUUUUACCCCGAAAAUUGCCAGAAUCGACAUCCUUUCUCGUAUAUACCUUUUAGUGCUGGCUACAGGAAUUGCAUAGGCCAACGUUUUGCUAUGCUGGAAAUGAAAAUUUUGAUAUCCGGACUCCUACGAAGAUACCAGCUGUUGCCGAUCACCAAGCCGGCAGACUUGGUCUUCAAAGCAGAUAUAAUCUUAAGAACAAACAGUCCUAUUUAUGUACGGUUUUGUAAAAGAGUUUAG